AUGGCACCAAAAGCAGAGAAGAAACCAGCCUCUAAGGCCCCAGCUGAGAAGAAGCCUACUGCCGGAAAGAAGACUUCUUCUUCUUCCGAACCAAAGAAGAGAUCUAAGGUUAGAAAGGAGUCUUACGCUUCCUACAUCUACAAGGUUUUGAAGCAGACUCACCCUGACACCGGUAUCUCUCAGAAGGCCAUGUCUAUCAUGAACUCUUUCGUCAACGACAUCUUCGAGAGAAUUGCUUCUGAAGCUUCCAAGUUGGCUUCUUACAACAAGAAGUCUACCAUCUCUGCAAGAGAGAUCCAGACCGCUGUUAGACUGAUUCUUCCAGGUGAAUUGUCUAAGCACGCCGUCUCUGAAGGUACUCGUGCCGUUACCAAAUACACCUCAUCAACCCAGGCUUAA